CUGCGGGGAAGGAGGCCGAGGAGGAGGGGAAGAUGGCCGCCGUCAUCGCCUCUCCUCAGGCCUGGUCUCUCCGUGUGAGGCGGGAAGGCGGCGGAUGGCGCAGAGAACGAGGCCGAGAGAGAGAGAGAGAGGGGACAUGAGACUUCUCUGGAGCCACCCCUGCCGUGAUGGGAAACGAACCAGCUUCUAGUCGAUAUUAAGGCAUUUGGAAACCAAAGUGAAGUAAGGAAACCAGUCCUCUAGGAAAAAGGAUUCCUCCCAAGGGGCUGAUUCUUCAGAAUUCCUACAUUCUCUUUGGAUUCUAGAGUAGAACCAUAGAGUCGGAAGAGACUGCAUGAGGCACCCAGUCCAGGCCUCUGCCGUGCAGGAAAAGCGCAAAGUACCCCUGACAGAUGAGCAUCUGGCCUCUGUUUAAAGGAUUCCAAAGGAGCCUCCACUACAUUUUGAGGCAGAGAGUUCCACCGCUGAACUACUCUUACAGUCAGGAAGUUCUUCUUAAUGUUCAGAUGGAAUCUACUUUCCUGUAAUUUGAACCCAGUGCUGUGAGUAAUCAGAAAUGGAAAAACAAGAAUCAAGUGUCCUUAUUGGAAUUAAAUGUACAUAGCACUGUUGACAUGGAGGAGAAAGCAUAUAAAUGUAUCGAAUGUGGAAAGAGCUUUAGUCAGCAUGGAAAGCUGAACAGACAUCAAAGGAUUCACACUGGGGAGAAAGCCUAUAACUGCCUGGAGUGUGGACACAGCUUUGCUCAUAGUUCAGGACUACGUUCACAUCAAAGGACUCACACUGGGGAGAAACCCUAUAAAUGCUUGGAGUGUGGACAGAGCUUUGCUCGUAGUUCAGGACUACGUUCACAUCAAAGAACUCACACUGGGGAGGAACCCUAUAACUGCCUGGAAUGUGGACAGAGCUUUGCUCAUAGUUCAGGACUACGUUCACAUCAAAGGACUCACACUGGGGAGAAACCCUAUAACUGCCUGGAGUGUGGACAGAGCUUCAGUGAUUGUUCAACUCUACGUUCACAUCAAAGGACCCACACUGGGGAGAAACCAUAUAACUGCCUGGAGUGUGGACAGAGCUUUACUCAGAGGGGACAUUUACGUUCACAUCAAAGGACUCACACUGGGGAGAAACCCUAUAAAUGCCUGGAGUGUGGACAGAGCUUCAUUCAGAGUUCAAGUCUACGUAACCAUCAAAGGACUCACACUGGGGAGAAACCCUAUAACUGCCUGGAGUGUGGACAGAGCUUCAGUGAUUAUUCAAAUCUACGUUCACAUCAAAGGACCCACACUGGGGAGAAACCAUAUAAAUGCCUGGAGUGUGGACACAGCUUUACCCAGAAGUUACACCUACGUUCCCAUCAAAGGACCCACACUGGGGAGAAACCCUAUACAUGCCUGGAGUGUGGACAGAGCUUUACUCAGAAGGGACACUUACGUUCCCAUCAAAGGACUCACACUGGGGAGAAACCCUAUACAUGCCGGGAGUGCGGACAGAGCUUUGCUCGGAGUGGAGCUCUACGUUUGCAUCAAAGGACCCACACUGGGGAGAAACCAUAUAAAUGCCUGGAGUGUGGACAGAGCUUUGCUCGGAGGGGAAACCUAAGUUCCCAUCAAAGGACUCACACUGGGGAGAAACCCUAUAAAUGCCUGGAGUGUGGGCAGAGCUUCAUUCAGAGUUCAAGUCUACGUAACCAUCAAAGGACUCACACUGGGGAGAAACCCUAUAACUGCCUGGAGUGUGAACAGAGCUUCAGUGAUUGUUCAAAUCUACGUUCACAUCAAAGGACCCACACUGGGGAGAAACCCUAUACAUGCCGGCAGUGUGGACAGAGCUUUGCUCGGAGUGGAGCUCUACGUUUGCAUCAAAGGACCCACACUGGGGAGAAACCCUAUAACUGCCUGGAGUGUGGACAGAGCUUUACUCAGAAGGGACACUUACGUUCCCAUCAAAGGACUCACACUGGGGAGAAACCCUAUACAUGCCGGCAGUGUGGACAGAACUUUGCUCGGAAUGGAAAUCUACGUUUGCAUCAAAGAACCCACAUUGGGGAGAAACAGUAGAAAUGCAUGGAGUGUGGACAGAGCUUUUCAUGAAAUAACAUUAUACAUAGACAUCAUAGACUUCACCCUGGAGAAAAUUGUGUUAAUCGACACCAGAGUGUCAUUCUAACACGUAGAAAAGCAACUCUUGCAAAUUUUGGAAAUGCAAGCUCGAAGUUGGGACAUUUCAUCACAUGUGGUGUACUGUGGAAAGAUUGAACUAAAACACCGUGUUCCCUCACCUAUCACGGGUGUUAGGUUCCAGGACCACCGCAAUAAGUGAAAAUCCAUGAAGUAGGGAUGCUACAUAUUUAUACAUUAUUUUAGUAUUUAUACAGUAUUUUAAGUCUUUAUCAACCAAUCGUGUAUUGAUCAAUUGCCUCCUUCUCCUCCCGUUGCCUCUUGGGCUCCUUUUCUCUCUCUUUGGCUUCUUCUUCCUCAGGCUGUAAAUUGUAAUUUUUUAUGAUUUAUAAUAUUUUUUUAGAGUUUAUUGAAAAACCGCAAAACAGCGAAUCCGCAAACAGUGAAACGCAAAGUAGUGAGGGAACUUUGUACGUUCUAUUCUGGAAGUAAUUAUAUUAUCUAAAGGGAGUAGAAUAAUGAGAAAUAAAAAUUAACAGAUAGAAUGAGGCUUUUAGUCACGUAUCCAUGUCUGUUAGUUCAGUUGUGUGUCUAUGUAGGUAACCCCCCCCCCCCCAGUUAUUGUGCUUUAGCAUCUUUAUAUUUUAAAUGUACUAAACAUGCCAAGUUGGUUUGUAACUGUGACCUUUAUUUCCUGUGCUGGUCUAUGAUGGAAAUAAAUUACUGGAUGUGAAA